UUCACCUAGUGCCGGCGGCCAUGGCCGCGCAGUGCUGCUGCCGCCAGGCGCCCGGCGCCGAGACCGCGCCCGUCCGCCCGCCGCCCGAGCCGCCGCCCGCCCUGGACGUGGCCUCGGCCUCCAGCGCGCAGCUCUUCCGCCUCCGCCACCUGCAGCUGGGCCUGGAGCUGCGGCCCGAAGUGCGCGAGCUGGCCGGCUGCCUGGUGCUCGAGCUGUGCGCGCUGCGGCCCGCGCCCCGCGCGCUCGUGCUCGACGCGCACCCGGCCCUGCGCCUGCAUUCGGCCGCCUUCCGUCGCGCCCCCGCCGCCGCCGAGACGCCCUGCGCCUUCGCCUUCUCCGCCCCCGGGCCGGGUCCCGCGCCGCCGCCCCCGCUGCCCGCCUUCCCCGAGGCGCCCGGCGCCGAGCCCGCCUGCUGCCCGCUGGCCUUCAGGGUGGACCCGUUCACCGACUACGGCUCCUCGCUCACCGUCACGCUGCCGCCCGAGCUGCAGGAGCACCAGCCCUUCCAGGUUAUCCUGCGCUACACCUCGACCGACGCCCCCGCCAUCUGGUGGCUGGACCCAGAGCUGACCUAUGGCUGCGCCAAGCCCUUCGUCUUCACCCAGGGCCACUCCGUGUGCAACCGCUCCUUCUUCCCGUGCUUUGACACGCCUGCCGUGAAGUGCACCUACUCUGCCGUCGUCAAGGCGCCCUUGGGGGUGCAGGUGCUGAUGAGUGCCACCCAGAGUGCGUACAUGGAGGAAGAAGGCGUCUUCCACUUCCACAUGGAACAUCCCGUGCCCGCCUACCUCGUGGCCCUGGUGGCCGGAGACCUCAAGCCAGCAGACAUCGGGCCCAGGAGCCGCGUGUGGGCCGAGCCGUGCCUCCUGCCCACGGCCACCAGCAAGUUGUCGGGCGCAGUGGAGCAGUGGCUGAGUGCGGCUGAGCGGCUGUAUGGGCCGUACAUGUGGGGCAGGUACGACAUUGUCUUCCUGCCCCCGUCCUUCCCCAUCGUGGCCAUGGAGAACCCCUGCCUUACGUUCAUCAUCUCCUCCAUCCUGGAGAGCGACGAGUUCCUGGUCAUCGAUGUCAUCCACGAGGUGGCCCACAGCUGGUUCGGCAAUGCUGUCACCAACGCCACAUGGGAAGAGAUGUGGCUGAGCGAGGGCCUGGCCACCUAUGCCCAGCGCCGCAUCACCACCGAGACCUACGGUGCUGCCUUCACCUGCCUGGAGACUGCCUUCCGCCUGGACGCCCUGCACCGGCAGAUGAAGCUUCUGGGAGAGGACAGCCCGGUCAGCAAACUGCAGGUCAAGCUGGAGCCAGGAGUGAAUCCCAGCCACCUGAUGAACCUGUUCACCUACGAGAAAGGCUACUGCUUCGUGUACUACCUGUCCCAGCUCUGCGGAGACCCACAGCGUUUUGAUGACUUUCUCCGAGCCUACGUGGAGAAGUACAAGUUCACCAGUGUGGUGGCCCAGGACCUGCUGGACUCCUUCCUGAGCUUCUUCCCGGAGCUGAAGGAGCAGAGCGUGGACUGCCGGGCAGGGCUGGAAUUCGAGCGCUGGCUCAAUGCCACAGGCCCGCCGCUGGCUGAGCCGGACCUGUCUCAGGGAUCCAGCCUGACCCGACCCGUGGAGGCCCUUUUCCAGCUGUGGACCGCAGAACCCCUGGACCAGGCAGCUGCCUCAGCCAGUGCCAUUGACAUCUCCAAGUGGAGGACCUUCCAGACAGCACUCUUCCUGGACCGGCUCCUGGACGGGUCCCCGCUGCCACAGGAGGUGGUGAUGAGCCUGUCCAAGUGCUACUCCUCCCUGCUGGACUCGAUGAACGCUGAGAUCCGCAUCCGCUGGCUGCAGAUCGUGGUCCGCAACGACUACUAUCCUGACCUCCACAGGGUGCGGCGCUUCCUGGAGAGCCAGAUGUCACGCAUGUACACCAUCCCGCUGUACGAGGACCUCUGCACCGGUGCCCUCAAGUCCUUUGCGUUGGAGGUCUUCUACCAGACGCAGGGCCGGCUGCACCCCAACCUGCGCAGAGCCAUCCAGCAGAUCCUGUCCCAGGGCCUGGGCUCUAGCACAGAGCCUGCCUCAGAGCCCAGCACGGAGCUGGGCAGGGCUGAAGCAGACACAGACUCGGACGCACAGGCCCUGCUGCUUGGGGAUGAGGCCCCCAGCAGUGCCAUCUCUCUCAGGGACGUCAAUGUGUCUGCCUAGCCCUGUUGGCGGGCUGACCCUCGACCUCCCAGACACCACAAUUGUGCCUUCUGUGGGCCAGGCCUGCCAUGACUGCGCCUAUGGCUCUGGCCAUGAGCUCUGCCCAGGCCCACAAGCCCCUCCCCUGGGCUCUCCCAGGCAGGGAGAGUGGGGAGAGGGACCUCCUUGUGUCUGGCAGAGACCUGUGGACCUGGCCUCCCCACUCCCAGCUCUCUUGCACUGCAGGCCCUGGGGCCAGCCCGCACACGCCAUGCCUCCUGUCUCAACACUGACAGCUGUGCCUAGCCCCAGAUGCCAGCACCUGCCAGGUGCUGCCCCUGGGGCAAGGGCCCCAGCAGCCCUACGGUGACCGCCACACUGUGCCUUACGUCUGCCAGGGGCCCGGGCUGUGCUGUCCCUGAAGCACGCCUCCUUGCAGGGAUCUGAGCCACCCUCCCCGCACAGCCCUGCACCCCGCCCCUGGGGUUGGCAGCCUCAGUUGGCCCCUGGCAGAGGAACAAGGACACAGACAUUCCCUCAGUGUGGGGGCAGGGGACACAGGGAGAGGACAGUUGUACCUGGGGAGGGCCCCCUGGCCCCAGGCAACCUUAGUCCCUCAGAACAGGGAGUCCCAGGACCCAGGGGGAGUCUGUCUCUUGUGGCUUCCUGGGGUGGGAGGCACAUGGGCACGGCAAUACCCUAGGGAAAGUGGGAGGCGGUGCUGGUGCUCUCUCUAGGCCCACCAUGCUGGGAGAGGCGGACGGGGCCUGGGGCUCCAGCCUGGGACUGCUGCAAUGGGGUAUCACGGUGAUGGUCCCAUUAAAACUUCCACUCUGCAAA